UCACCGCCGCCACCUCCCGCCCUGUUCUCUUGCUGGUCGGGCCAGGCCCGGCGUGUUCCAGGAGAGCCCGGCAGACUGACGGGGAGAGAGAGAGAGAGCGAGCGAGAGAGAGGAGAGAAAGAGAGGAGAGAGAGACAGAGACAGAGAGAGAGAGAAAAAGGAGGGGAGGAGGAUUCAGGGAAUAGGAGCUGGGGAGCCCUGCUGCGCUACAGAAAAUUUCUAAUGACUUGGUGAAGAUAGGAAAACCAUCAGAAAGGCUGAAGUACUGUCAUACUGCAAUUACAUUUGGUGACUGUCUUCACUAUAUGCAAUGUAUAAGUCUGUGUCUGAAACUGGACAUCCUCUGCAGUCAGAAGAACAAGAAGUAGGCAUUGACCCCUUGUUCAGUUAUUCAAAUAAAUCAAGAGGAGAUUCAGGUCAAAAUGGAAGAGGAGCAAAUUCUACCUUAGACUCUGAAGGGACAUUUAAUUCAUAUAUAAAAGAAUGGGAAGAACUCUUUGUAAACAACAGUUACUUGGCAACAGUAAGACAGAAGGGGAUUAAUGGGCAGCUGAGAAGCAGCAGGUUCCGCAGCAUUUGCUGGAAGCUCUUUCUUUGUGUUCUUCCUCAAGAUAAAAGUCAGUGGAUAAGUAAAAUUAAAGAACUCAGAGCCUGGUAUAGCAAUAUUAAAGAAAUACACAUCACUAAUCCAAGGAAAGUUGUUGGCCAACAGGAUCUGAUGAUCAACAACCCCCUUUCACAGGACGAAGGAAGUCUUUGGAACAAGUUCUUUCAAGAUAAAGAACUACGGUCAAUGAUUGAGCAAGAUGUCAAAAGAACGUUUCCUGAAAUGCAAUUUUUCCAACAAGAAAAUGUAAGAAAAAUUCUUACAGAUGUUCUGUUCUGUUAUGCUAGAGAAAACGAGCAGUUGCUUUAUAAACAGGGUAUGCAUGAGCUACUAGCGCCUAUCAUCUUCACCCUUCACUGUGACCACCAAGCUUUUCUACAUGCCAGUGAAUCUGCACAGCCCAGUGAGGAAAUGAAAACUCUUUUGAACCCUGAGUAUCUGGAGCAUGAUGCUUAUGCAAUGUUCUCACAGCUUAUGGAAACUGCUGAACCUUGGUUUUCUACUUUUGAGCAUGAUGGUCAAAAGGGAAGAGAAACUCUGAUGACCCCCAUUCCCUUUGCUCGACCACAGGAUUUAGGGCCAACAGUUGCCAUUGUUACAAAAGUCAACCAGAUCCAGGAUCAUCUACUGAAGAAACAUGACAUUGAGCUCUACAUGCACUUAAAUAGACUAGAAAUUGCACCACAAAUAUAUGGGUUACGAUGGGUACGGCUCCUGUUUGGGAGAGAGUUCCCUCUGCAGGACUUGCUAGUGGUCUGGGAUGCCUUGUUUGCGGAUGGCCUCAACCUGAGCUUAGUCGACUAUGUCUUCACAGCCAUGCUACUCUAUAUCCGAGACGCUUUGAUUUCUAGUAACUAUCAGACCUGUCUCGGCCUUCUGAUGCAUUACCCACUCAUCGGGGACAUACACUCACUGAUACUGAAGGCUCUGUUCCUUAGAGACCCAAAGAGAAAUCCAAGACCAGUGACGUACCAGUUCCACCCCAAUUUAGACUACUACAAAGCACGGGGAGCCGACCUUAUGAACAAAAGCCGGACCAAUGCCAGAGGUGCUCCCCUGAAUAUACACAAGGUCUCCAACAGCUUGAUUAACUUUGGAAGAAAGUUGAUUUCCCCAGCCUCAGCUCCAGGCAGCAUGGGCAGCCCUGUACCUGGAAGCAACAGCAGCAGUUCCUUCUCUGCUGCCAUCCCCACCAGGACCUCCUCAGAAGCCCCAAGGUAUCAUUUGCUGCACCAGCAGCAGCAGCAGCAGCAGCAGCAGCAGCAGCAGCAGCAGCAGAGACUGAUGAAAUCUGAAAGCAUGCCGGUACAAUUGAACAAAGGCGACGUAGUUACAGGAAGCGAUGCCCAGGCUUCUGCUCCUGUCCAGGCUCUGACUGACCUCCCAGGGCAAAAUUCGAAAACCAUCAGUUCAUCUCCAAGCAUCGAGAGUUUGCCUGGGGGAAGAGAAUCCACGGGCUCCCCGCCUUCAUCUGCUACUAAAAGGGACUCCUUCUUCAGCAGCAUCGCCCGGUCCCGCUCACACAGCAAGACUAUGGGCAGAAAGGAGUCUGAAGAAGAAUUAGAAGCCCAGAUUUCCUUCCUGCAAGGACAGCUGAAUGACCUAGACGCCAUGUGCAAGUAUUGUGCGAAGGUCAUGGACACGCAUCUUGUGAAUAUUCAAGAUGUGGUAUUACAAGAGAAUUUGGAAAAAGAAGAUCAAAUUCUGGUGUCCUUGGCAGGAUUAAAACAGAUCAAAGACAUUCUGAAAGGUUCCCUGCGGUUCAACCAGAGCCAGCUGGAGGCCGAAGAAAAUGAACAGAUCACCAUCGCUGAUGACCACUACUGCUCCAGCGGCCAGGACCAGGGCAGCCAAGUUCCUAGGGCCACCAAGCAGGCCUCUUCAGAGAUGCCAGGCUGCACAGGUGGAGCGACCUCAGACGACUUCAUUCUGGUUUCCAAAGAAGAUGAGGGGCGCCGUACCAGGGGGUCCUUCUCAGGCCAGGCCCAGCCUCUUCUCACCCUCAGAAACACGUCUGGGAGAGGUCGAGUCCCAGCCUGUUCCCCACUGGUGUUCUCAGACCCAUUGAUGGGCCCAGCCUCAGCCUCCUCCAGCAACCCCAGCUCCAGCCCUGAUGAUGACAGCAGCAAGGACUCUGGCUUCACCAUCGUGAGCCCCUUGGACAUCUGAACACAGGAACCCCACUAGCGGAGACCCUGCUGAACCAGUGUUUUUUCCCAGCAUGCAUUUGGCAUUGGUUCAACCCACUGGAACUCUUUACAAAGAGGCAACUAUGCUUCUUUCAAUGCACUGUUUACCAAAAUGCAGAUAGUUUUCCAGGCCCUUACCUGACCCUGUGAUCCUUGCUGAAUUAGGGCCAGGUCAGGUCCCCAACGCCAUACCCACUGUCAGACACACCAGACCACAACAGAGUCACAUGUCUUCCAUCCCCCCUCUCCAGCAGCUCUGCCAGUUUACCCUCAGAAGGAAAAGUUGGUUUCAAGACUUCCCCUUAUCAAAGCUUCAGCCACAGGGAACUUGUGAUGCUGUGUGAAAAUCUGACAGGCAGCCUCACUCCCAAGUUGGAAGCCCUACCACAGACUUGCCACACAAAAGGAGCAGAGCAAGUAGCUCCCAGCACUGCAGUCAAAGUGAACUGUAGGAGCGAGCAGAGUCUCAGAUUCUUGUUUGACAAGAAUACAUUCCUGGACUCUGGGCUACCUAAACUUCAGCGACAACUAUUCCUCCUUGAACAACUAUUUCUCCUCCUACGGUCCCCACAGCCAGGAGUGCGGUGGCUCUAAGCUAGUCCAUGCUGAAGUGGUUUUAAGAACCACAGGACUAAAACAUCCUUGAAUUAGAAAAAUGUGUCCAGAGCUCUAUGGUCAGGUUUCUGACAUGGUUCAGAGCUACAGUAGCCUGUUAAGUGAAGGGCUCAGAGGAAAACCAUAGUCCACCACCCCGAGUCAGGCCUCCCAGGAAUUAGACCUGGGGUCUCUUCUGUGGGAACAGGCUUCCUGUAGAACAUUCCAGGUGCCACAAGGAUGCAGGGCUCCUACUCAACCCCUCCCCAUUCCUAGAGCUCAGCUGUAAACUCCGCAUCCAGAUACUGCAAGAGUGAGCCUGCCUGCUUCAGGGCCCCUGCCUGGGCUGGGUAUAUGUGAGACACCCUUGUCUAUUGGCUGAGUACAGAGCUGUGUUGUACAUAAAGCUAGGGGAAGUGGGGAUUGUGGAUAGAUGGAGCAUCUGUUAGAUGUCACCUCUGCCUUCUGUCAUCCUCAGAGAGCAGCUGGCCAGUGCCCUCUCAUUAAUAGCAUUGAAAUUCUCUUCAGACAGGGAUGCUAAUGCCAUAAUGCUCUCAAUCUUAGAAAAGGGGGACAUCCCAGUCAGCUGCUCUGCGGCUUCUCCUUAGCUGUGCUGGAUAGCAGGUCUGAUGGCUUGCUCACAUGGUGGCAAGGCUCAGUUAUGGCCUCAUGAAUUCUGCCCCCUGCCUCUGACCAGUCCUCUCAGCAUUCUGAGAAGCCUGCUUGCACACGUGUCCCAUGAAGAUGCUCUGUAAGAACCAGGGCCACUGUGUAGCAGGCAUCCAUCCCCUGACGGAAGGGCUGUCAGCAGCCACUCCACUUGAAGGCUUGACGGAAGGUGUCAGUACCUUAGAGCUAGGGUAGUAAGUAUUGACUGGGACAGUGCCAGCCAGGUCUGUCUCAGCCGAGCCCUGUCCCCAGCAUUCCCUUUGCUUUAAGAACAGGAGCCACAGAUGUCUGUCACUGGUUACCCACCAGGCCACACGAAGGUGAUAGCUGACUCCUUGCCAUUUGAAUGGGCAUUUCAGAGUCCCUCAACCUACCUGCCCUGCCCAUGCCCGUGAUGUGCCCCCCCCAUCCUGUGCCUGCAUGGGUGCCACAUGAGAACCCCCAGGUUCACACUGAGAGGUGCCUGUGGUCCCUAGUCAGGCCCCUCUCUCCUUGGAAAAACCAAGGAUGGAAAGAGGUCUCUUUUAUGAGUGAGUCCAUUCUUUGCUGAUGAACAUUGCUUCGUUGCUUCCCUUGAUUACCUACACUGCUGGUGUGGGAUGCAUUCCUGCCCUGUUAGUUUAUCAGGUGUUUCUGUCUAAUUGUACAUUUUAAAGUCCUGGAUCUAGAGAACCUUUUUCUUUAACCACAUGGUAAUCAUCAGUUUUAAUCGCUCACAUUUUGAUUAUAGUGGCUAAUAUAGUUUAUAAAUGCCAAACUUAGAUUAAGACCCACUGUCUUCUGCUCUUCCAUACUCAUUUCUGUGUUUCAUGCAGUCCUCUCUGAUCAGAGUGAACUGUGAGGUGAAACACACCUGUGUACAGAGGGUCACAGACUUGCCUUGUCUCCCGGGUGUGCCUCAGUUCAGUUCUUGGGACCUUCCUGGCUUAGUUUGGCAAGAUAACCUGCUGUUGCACUAACUGCAGCUUGAAAGGAAGUGACCACACUGCCAAAAAGUGUGACAGUGGAAGGCAGCCGCCUCCCUGUAGACCCUUCUGGUAGGGGUGAAUCUCCUCUACACAGGGGUUGGCUGUGCUGGACAAGCUUGCCAGCCUUGCCUUGAGCGUCAGAAAAGCUGAACAAAUGUAAAGCUCUAGCUGUGACCUGCCAUUCACUGCAGGCUGCUUUCUGCUUGCUAAAAAUUUCUCCCAGUGACCACUAACGGACAAAGUGGGGAGCACCUGUGGCCCUGCAUCAGCCAGUGCUAUCUCUCCCCUGGGAGCACAGUCCUGACCUCGGCAUUUACCCAGAGCAGGAACUGCUGGGAAAUGAGAGCUGGGGAGGAGGACACGCGUGUGGAGAUGUGGAGGCAGACCUCUUCACGGCCUGCUCCAUGGUAAGCUCAAGCACUGCUUCUACCUUGUUGAAAGAGGCGGUGGUCAUAGAGCCAGGCUGGUGUAGAAAUUGUCCUUUGGUUCAGCUCAUUUAGCUGAUGUCCCAGCAGUACCAACAAUGUCCUCAUGAGUCGUCACGCCAGAACUCCUCCUGAUGCAGGAAAUGACCCUCCUUUGGCAGAGUGACCCCACAUGAUGUGUACUAAUAAAAGAGAAUUGAGAACUGG